UUCAUGACGCUUCCGUCACGAGAGCUCUACCCUGAUUACUAUCAGAUUAUCAAGCGCCCGAUUGCUUUUGAGGAGAUUGUCGACAAACUGCAUGAAAGAAGCUACAAGAGCCUGGACGAGUUAAAGCACGACUGCGAGACGAUUUGCAAUAACGCCAAGCGGUACAACCUGAGGGACAGUACGAUUUGGGUUCUUGCCAAGCGCUUGCAUGUG